CCUACUGACACUUCGUCAUCGUUACUAAGCAACAGAAAGAACGCUAUCCGCUCCAGCUGAGCCAACUUUCAAAAUAGCCACCUACCUAGGCUAAUUAAUAUCGGGAAGCAAACGACGCCCCAGUGUUCCUCUGGGUCACCCUCUUGCUAUCCUCAUGAGUCCGUGACACAGGAGACCACUGAUGCGCAACCAUUUCCUGCUGCGGUUCAUCAGCCGUGUGCAGACACGUUUUCAACCUGCGAGGAAGAGAAGGAGGAGAAGACAAUGGAGAAAAACGAUGGUGUGUUGACUGAAGAGGAAGUAUCCAGCUGUUUAUCCAACCUGGGACACUCUGCCACUGGACUAGAGCAUGUCUACCAGUUCCUCUCUGCGCCUGGUCGAAAUCUGAAUAAUGUUUCCAUCCUAUGCAAUUACGUCCACCUUCAAAAGCUAGAACUUCCUUACAACAAAAUAAAAGAUUUAUCCUGUGUAAGCCACAUGCCGUAUCUCAUCAUCCUGGAUGCCUCCCACAACCAACUCACCGACUUCUUUGGAUUCCAGCCGCCCAAGAACCUCAAGGAGGUUAACUUUUCCCAUAACCAGAUGUCAGUGAUGACACAUUUGUCAGCCUAUUCGUCUUUGAGUAAACUGAAUCUGGACUACAACUGUUUCAGUGAGAUCGGUGGUCUGCUGCAUUGUGCCAGCCUCACACACCUCAGCCUGGCACACAACAAGAUCUCCUGUAUCAGUGGCCUGGACAAGCUGCCAAUCAAAGACCUCUGUCUGAGGGGGAAUCAGAUUGAGAAGAUAGAGAAUGUGGAGACUCUGAGAACCCUGCAGGUCCUGGAUCUGUCUCUGAACCGGAUCACCAGUCUGUCAGGGCCUGCAGAAUCUCCAUCUGCUGGGCUCCAUCAACCUGGAGAGUAA